AUGAUUUGUUGCUUCGUCGCCAUGGGAGAAACUGUUAGAUCUCAUGCAAAGCGUACAAUUUUCCUAUUUACAAUCAUUUUCGUUCUUCUCUGUUCAAACAAUGCCUUCGGCUUCUACCUCCCGGGGGUUGCCCCGGAAGACUUCAGAAAGGGAGAUCCAUUGAAUGUGAAAGUCAACAAACUGACUUCUAUAAAGACUCAGCUCCCUUACUCGUACUAUUCUCUUCCUUUCUGUCAUCCAGACGCCAUAGUUGACAGUAGAGAAAAUCUUGGAGAAGUACUUCGUGGCGAUCGCAUUGAGAACUCCCGCUAUGUAUUUAAAAUGAGGGAACCCCAGAUGUGCAAUGUAGUCUGUCGACUUAUACUUGAUGCCAAAACUGCAAAAGAAUUCAAAGACAAAAUUGAAGAUGAAUAUCAUGUCAACAUGAUCUUAGAUAAUCUCCCAUUGGUUGUUCCCAUUCCAAGGGUAGAACAAAACAGUCCUCCAGUUUAUCAGCUUGGUUUUCAUGUUGGGCUAAAAGGACAAUACAGCGGAAGCAAGGAUGAAAAAUAUUUUCUUCACAAUCACUUGAGCUUCACUGUCAAGUAUCAUAAAGAUCAACAGACUGAAGCAGCAAGGAUCGUGGGUUUCGAGGUUGUACCAUUCAGUGUCAAGCACGAAUAUGAAGGACAAUGGAGUGAGGAUACUCAUCUAAUGACGUGUGAUCCCCAUGCAAAGCAUACGGUUUCCUCCUCAAAUUCUCCCCAAGAAGUUAAAGAUAAACAAGAAGUCAUAUUCACUUAUGAUGUUGCAUUUGAGGAGAGUGAGGUGAAGUGGGCAUCAAGGUGGGACACUUACCUUCUUAUGUCUGAUGAUCAAAUCCAUUGGUUCUCAAUAGUAAACUCUUUGAUGAUCGUUCUCUUCCUCUCGGGCAUGGUUGCAAUGAUAAUGCUGAGGACACUUUUCCGGGACAUCUCCAAGUAUAAUGAACUCGAGACACAGGAGGAGGCCCAGGAAGAAACUGGAUGGAAAUUGGUCCAUGCAGAUGUGUUCAGGUCCCCAAAUAACUCGGAAUUACUCUGUGUCUAUGUUGGAACUGGGGUACAGUUUCUAGGGGUGGUACUUGUGACUAUGAUCUUCGCUGCACUCGGAUUCCUUUCCCCUUCUAACCGUGGUGGACUUAUGACAGCCAUGUUAUUGCUCUGGGUUCUAAUGGGGCUUUUCGCUGGUUAUGCUUCUGCCCGUCUUUACAAGAUGUUCAAAGGAACUGAAUGGAAGAAAAUUGCUCUUAGGACUGCUUUUCUGUUCCCAGCUACAGUCUUUAGCAUCUUCUUUGUACUCAAUGCACUCAUCUGGGGCCAGAAAUCAUCAGGGGCAGUCCCAUUCGGAACAAUGUUUGCUUUAGUCUUCUUAUGGUUCGGGAUUUCAGUACCACUAGUCUUUGUAGGAAGUUACAUAGGCUUUCGAAGACCAGCAAUUGAGGAUCCUGUGAAAACAAACAAAAUUCCCAGGCAAAUCCCUGAACAGGCAUGUUACAUGAACCCCAUUUUCUCAAUCUUGAUUGGAGGUAUACUCCCAUUCGGAGCUGUUUUCAUCGAGCUCUUUUUCAUUCUCACCUCGAUAUGGUUGAAUCAGUUCUACUACAUUUUUGGGUUCCUCUUCAUCGUCCUUGUCAUCCUCAUCAUUACCUGUGCGGAAAUAUCAAUUGUUCUUUGCUACUUCCAGUUAUGCAGCGAGGAUUACCUCUGGUGGUGGAGAUCAUACUUAACAUCAGGUUCUUCGGCUCUAUACCUCUUCCUCUAUGCAACAUUCUACUUCUUCACUAAACUCGACAUCACUAAGCCUGUCUCCGGCAUGUUGUAUUUUGGGUACAUGUUGAUCGCUUCAUAUGCGUUUUUCGUUCUGACCGGUACCAUAGGCUUCUACUCCUGCUUCUGGUUCACCAGAUUGAUUUAUUCUUCUGUAAAGAUUGACUGA